AACAGAGUCAUGACAAAGGAGACGUCUCUAUAUCCUUCGACUUGUAAAAAAACCCCAACGCAAACGGGUUGCUGAAGGCAUAGUGACCGAGACGAUAUGACAUGAUCAACUCGUAUGUAACCGCACGGUUCCUAUUCUUCUAUGCCAAUUCUGCUGGUGCUGAGGAUUUCAUGCCAGGUCGCCAGCUUGAGGAAGGCUUCUAUCGGACUCUUGCCCUCUGCCCCUGGUUCGCUGGUGAUAUUAAACCAACUCGAGAUGGAGGAAUGGAGGUCAUCGUCGACAAGGGCAAUCUGAACAUGCCUUAUUAUCGUGAAUCGCAGUCUUUGGUACGUUUCAGCAAGAUCCAGUCUUCCGGAUUCAACCGCACAACCUGGCCUGAUGAUUUGGUUCCUGUUGGGCCCGUUCCCUGCAUUGACAGGGCUACCGGGAUGGUCAAGCUGUUGCACGUUCACGUUGUGCGACUGAAGGACAAUAGCGGUGUGGCUAUAUCGGUCAAUUUCAACCAUGGAGUCGCAGAUGGUACCAGCGUUCUAAAUUACUUCAACCGUUGGGCGGAUGAGACGCGUGCACUAGUAACUGGCGUACCUGUGGCAGAGGCAACCUUCUGCUUUGGUGCCGAUAUCAUCAAGAGGCACCUGCCGAGCGAGCGCGCAUCUCUCAGUGAAGCGUCCCAGAAGGUGCUUUCCUCAAAGUCCUAUGUGGCGGAUUUCAUCAUGUGGCUCUCACUUGACAAGCGCAGAAAGCUGAUGAGCUAUUUGAUCAACUCUGCUUCACCGCGUGGGCAUUUAUUCCGGAUUUCGCGUGCCAAGAUUGACAGGCUUCGCAACCAAGUGCUCGAGCACCUGCCACAUGGGACCCGCUUGUCCACUAACGAUAUCAUUUCGGCAGUCUUGCACAGAGUCCACGAACAGGUUGUGACAAGGAAGCAGCAGGGAUGGUUGGAAAGCCUAAUGGAUUGGAUGAAUGGAGCUGCAGGCGAACAUUGUACUGUAGUCAUCGCUGACUAUCGUCGCCAUCUUGGAAUGGCAGAGCUGAAUUACAUGGGCAACCCGGUAUACGGCGAAGUUGUUCUCACCCCGAUGCACCAGGCAUAUCAGCCAAUUACCCCCAAGACUAUAUCUGUGGUCGCUAGUCAGAUUCGGUCGCUCAUAUCAGCACUUACCCUACCGCGCAUCGGACAAACUGUUGAUGCUUUUGAUUCGGAUGAGAAGCAUGCCGCUGAUUUCUUUGCCGUUGCCAUGAAUCACAAGCUUUUGACAAGAACUUCUAAUAUAGCAUCUACUAAGAUGUACGCUGCAGACUUUGGCCAUGGCGUUCAAGCUUUUUCAACGACACAUCCUGAGCUCGCCAUGGGUUUAUUUGUGAUUCUUCCGUCGCCACCCCCAAGUAAGGACAUUCUUGUCAGUUUCUGUGAUGCGCCUUCAGUAAUGGACAGCGUCUUGAAGAACGAGUUUUGGAGUGACAUCUCUGAGUUGGUUUACUAAUAUAUAUACGUACAUUUACUGGUUUCAAA